UUCUGCGUCAGUCUUCAAACCCAACUCAAAGCAAACAAACGCACACAUGUUGCCCCACGGUUGGGUAUUUCUGGGAGCGCUGCUCUGUCUGUGCCGCUGUCCUGUCAGCCUGGCAGAUGUGGCCAAGCUCGUUUGCUACUACGAUGCGUCGAGUUUUGUUCGCGAGGGCCCCGCCCAACUUUCGCUGAACGAACUGGAGACUGCCUUAAACUUCUGCAAUUACCUGAUUUAUGGCUAUGCGGGCAUCGAUCCAGAGAGCUUUAAGAUCAAGAGCUUGAAUCCGGAGCUCAGCUAUAAUCGCCAGCACUAUGCCCACAUUACGGCGCUCCGGCAAAAGCAUCCGCAUUUGCGCAUUCUGCUCUCCGUGGGCGGGGAGCGGGAUCUCAAUGCCGAGGGCCAGCCGGACAGCAGCAAAUAUCUGAGUCUGCUGGAGCUGCCGGAGAGCAGGAACAGCUUUAAGGCCAGUGCCAGCGCCGAGCUGGUCAAAUAUGGCUUCGAUGGCCUGGAUCUGGCCUGGCAGUUUCCCCAGAUCAAGCCCAAGCAGCAGCAGGGCGCACUGAAGCGCGCGUGGAGCUCGUUCAAGGGCUGGUUCAGCAGCUCCUCCAUCGAUCCCAAGGCCGAGGAGCACAAGGAACAGUUCGCCACAUUCGUGCGGGAGCUGCGCGUCGAGCUGCAACGCAAUGGCAAACAGCUGACCCUCAGCAUGCUGCCACAUGUCGAUCCGGAACUUUUCAUAGACAUUCCCGGCGUGCUCGCCUUUGUGGACUUUGUCAAUUUGGGCUCCUACGACUUCCAGACGCCGCAACGUGAUCCCAAGCAGGCGGAUCUGCCCGCCCCACUGUACGCCAUGUACGAUCGGGAUGCCACCCACAAUGUGCAGCAUCAGGUGCAAUAUUGGCUCAAUCACACGGCCAAUGCACAGCAGCUGAACAUUGGCAUCACCAGCUAUGGACGCGCCUGGCAAAUGAGCCCCAACUCCGGCAUUACCGGUUUCCCGCCCAUUCCGGCCACGGAGGGCGCCGCUCCGGCUGGCAAACAGACGGGCCAGCCCGGUUUGCUCAGCUGGCCCGAGAUCUGUGACCUGUUGCAGCAACAUCUGGGCCAGGGCAAGGACACGGACGGCCAACAUUUGCGCAAGGUGGGCGAUCCAACGAAACGUUACGGCAUCUAUGCCUAUCGUGCGGCUGGUGACAAUGGCGAGAACGGCCUCUGGGUGGGCUACGAGGAUCCCACAACGGCGGCCAUCAAGGCCGGCUUUGUGCAGGCUCACGGCUUGGGCGGUGUCGCCUUCCAUGAUCUGUCACUAGAUGAUUUUCGUGGUCAAUGCGCGGGCGAAAAGUAUCCAAUUUUGCGCAGCAUUAAAUAUAAAUUGUGAGAACUGGAAAAAUAAAAGAGCUCCUGUGUAAACGA